AUGGCACCUCUACGGCCUCCGCCCGUGGGGAAAGGGCGCCGCGUGCAUAGGCCCAAUGGCGCCCGACGGCGCCCGCGCAGGCCGCCGAUGGGUAUCUUCUGCUCCAAACGGAAGGAGCAGGCAGACGAGGCCGCCGGACGGCCGCCUUAUGGCGUCGCCGUGCCCUCUAUGAAGUUGCCCGAAGGUUACCUGAGCUCGCGCUAUAAACCCGCGCUGGCCGCCGAUGGGUAUCUUCUGCUCCAAACGGAAGGAGCAGGCAGACGAGGCCGCCGGUCGGCCGCCUUAUGGCGUCGCCGUGCCCUCUAUGAAGUUGCCCGAAGGUUACCUGAGCUCGCGCUAUAA